AUGGCGCAUGCCGCGUUCGUGGUUGAUGCUUACGGCACCCUGUUUGAUGUCCAUGCUGCGGUUCGCAAGCAUGCGGCAAAGCUGGGUCCCGAUGCGCAGCGAUUUUCUUCAAUCUGGCGUGAAAAACAGCUUGAAUACUCUUGGGUUCGCGCCCUGAUGGGUCAAUACAAGGACUUCUGGGAACUGACCCAGCAGGGCCUGGAUACGGCAUUCGCCCUUGUCCCUUCCGCUGACAAAUCCCUGCGCGACGAUCUCCUGAACGCCUAUUGGGAACUCGAUUGCUAUCCCGAAGUGCCACAGGUCCUGACGGACCUGAAGGCAACUGGCGCAAAGAUCGCAAUCCUCUCCAACGGUUCACCCGCAAUGCUGGAAGCUGCCGCAAAGGCUGCCGGACUGACGGAUUUGUUUGACGAGAUCUUUUCAGUGGACGAUCUCAGGACCUUCAAGACCGACCCGCAGGUCUAUGAAAUGGUCACCACUCAAUUCCGAAUUUAUCCGGAAGAAGUUUCAUUUCAGUCGUCGAACCGUUGGGACAUUGCAGGAGCAACCGCGUUCGGCUUCCGUACCGUCUGGAUGAACAGGAUGGGUAUGCCUGACGAAUAUGCGGACCUUGCACCGAAAGCCGUGCUUGCCGACCUGACGGGCCUUGCUGCUCUGGGUUGA